UGACCCCAUGGAUUCUAACCCUAGCACCUCUGAACUGCCACCUGGAUUGGAACAUUUAAUUCCGAUAGAUCACAUUCUGAUUCAUCAGGACUUUGAGUUUGUGGAAGCCAUUUUAGGUUUUGAAACUGCUAAUAAGUACAAAAUCAAGAACAAACUUGGGCAGAAAGUUUACUAUGCAGUAGAAGAGUCUAAUUGCUGCACACGCAAUUGCUGUGGGGAUUAUAGGUGUUUCUCCAUGAGGAUUCUUGAUAACUUGGGUCAUGAAGUUGUAAUUUUGAAGCGACCACUAAGAUGUAGCUCUUGUUUCUGUCCCUGCUGCCUCCAGAAGAUAGAAGUGCAAGUUCCUCCUGGGGUGCCCAUUGGUUUCGUUAUUCAGAACUGGCACCCCUGUGUUCCAAAGUUUACAGUUCAAAAUGAGAAGAAGCAGGCUGUUCUAAAAAUUGUUGGUCCAUGUAUCACGUGCAGCUGUGUAGGAAGUGUUGAUUUUGAGAUCAAAUCUCUGGAUGAAGAAAUUGUGAUUGGCAGGAUUUCCAAGCAUUGGUCUGGUUUUCUGAAGGAGUUACUGACAGAUGUGGACAGUUUUGGGAUCCACUUCCCAUUGGACCUUGAUGUGAAGAUGAAGGCUGUGAUGCUUGGAGCAUGCUUCCUCAUAGACUUCAUGUUUUUUGAAAGCAGUAGCGGCCAGAGACCAAAAUUCCCGAUAUGUCUAUGA